AUGCAUCUGCGAGAGUUGAAGCUGGGCCUGCGCGCGGACUCUCUGUGGGAGGGUGGUAUUUCGGAUCAGAUACCGGAGUGCUUGUCUGCAACGAAUGAAUGGUCAGCUGGUGUGCUAAAUACAGGCAUCGCAGGACCGGAGGCAGAUGUUGGAGUCCCUCGAAUUGUGACGGUGGUGCGAUGGGGAAAGAAGAAUAGGAAUUACCUUUCAGGCUCAUUGGCAGAAAACACUUUUCUUUUGGUGUGGUCACGAAUGUUUCGGAUAUGCGCAAAGCAUCCGAUAUCGAGUCUCUUUGCACGAAAUUGUGACAUUUUGGCAUCGAUACAAUCACGGAGGCCCUUUCAAACUCUAAAAAUUAUCAUUUCCGCAGCGCACAGCUGUGAAAUCAAGGAACUCUACCGGGCAUUACCUCCUCAGAAUUUUGCUACGCCCAAACCAUUGCCGUCGUUACUGCUUUCUCUUACUGGCCAAGGCUUCGUGACUGCGGAACACACCUCCAGACAUUUUAAGAAACUCGCCAUUACAAUACCAGACCGAAUAUCCGUCUCGAGUUUAUCUCGCGAUUUAGAUGUAGACAGCGAUAUCGUUCUCAGUCUAGUGCGAGGCUCACCUACCAUUGCCCUACUGAGCGCGGAUAAAGCCCAGGUUGUCUGCAAAGCUGGAAGGGAUGCUAUUCUGACCAACAUACAAGACGCAAUCGAUCGGCAAAUCGCGACAAAGAGUGUCCUGUCAAAAGAGUUCGAUAUAUCAGUGGAGAGCAUUGAGUUGCUGAAGCCUUUUCUGAAACUUUGUCACGAACUUUCGCAUGUUGUAUCUCAUGGACAUGAUGAGUACCUGAUAAGCUCAGACUAUCAUGAGCGUAUAUCGGCCACGAUUAUGAAUGAACUGGAUGAGGCCUUGAAAAGCAGCUCGGCCGUUACGAUAGUCCCGUCCUCAUUUCCAGGCUCACCUCCCACGUCCCUCGUAUCGGAAAUCCACACGCGCAUGCUGCGAUCUACUAGUUUAGGGGAUCAAUUUUAUAUUGGCGGAACCGCAGACGCUAUUCGAUGCGUUCCGAAAGACCAGGUGUUGCGAAAAAUGAACGCCAAAAUCGACUCAUUGCAUUCCGGAGAUCUCUCAUGCCUCGACGCAACGGCAUUUGCGAACGAGUACCAGGAUAUAUACGCAAGUAGCCAGGAAGCGCGCGAUUUCCUACAAAACAUAGGUGGCGUGUUCAUGAAAGACUCAGUGGCAAUCUCCCAGGCUUGGUUGGACAGGUUCACCGUCGAAUGCACCGAAGCCUUGGGCGUACUUGGAUACGCAGAUGUCAUGCCGCAACUUGAGGCCAAUUUUCCGGCAGGGCUCCGGGAACAAGUUCGAGGGCAACUAGAGGAAGAUAUCAAGGCCAUGUAUGAGAAACGCUCCGGCACUACCCUAUACGUUGUUGGCACCUUCCUUUUGACGGAAGCCAGGUAUUGUAGCGAACGAGAUGUCCUUUUGGAAUUCGUCAAAACGCAUGCUUUGAGCCAAUGGAAGCAGUUGGCAGGCAUGCCGGAGAGGGACAUCAAGUUUCAAUUGUCGGCCAUUAUUAACCUCAUACCUCAGGAUCAACCGAUUCUAAGAGCGAUGUCCGAGGACAAAGGAUCGAGAAACGUUGCAGAGGAGCAGUACUGGGGUGAGAUCUCGAAACAAGAAGCACUCAGUGAAGAUGAAUUCUCCGAGUUCUGGUCAUCCCGCGUUACUGCCCGAGUUCUCAACUAUGCGGCUGGGCUCGAUGUCGUCCAGGAGGAGAAACUUCGAGGGCAGCUUUCAGAGCUAUUGGCCAUCUACAUAGGAAAAGAACUAGUCCCCGAGAUGUGGGCCAAGGCGCAGGCACAGGGAUUGGCACAGAGUCGGAAGACGAAGAAAAACUUCCAGAAGCUCGAAGUAUCUCUAAAGGCCAGCAAGGAGUUGGUUGACCUUGUGGCUGCCUUGGAGAAAUUCGACAAGAAGCAAGGUUCUCAAGAGGUUGGGCCUGAAUUAUUGGAGCGGACGAAAGGCUCGUUGGUCGCUGACAUGAAGCGGAGGAUGCAGAAGCAGAGCGAUGCACCUACCCUCUUCCUGAUUACAGUGCUUGCAUUAUUUGCAAGGCACAAACCAGGCUUGAUCUAUGCAACGGGCAAAUAUUCGCCAAAGAUCAUGAAGCAGAUCAAAUCUUCACUGAGCGCCGAAGAAUACGAGGAACUGGAAGGGUGGAAGGAAUCGGCGAAAGCUGGCACCCUGGGAGAUGUAGAAAAGGACAGCAUGAGGCGUCGAGUGGGAGCAGAACCGGCAUGA